AUGGCUGAGGUCGGAGCGUCAGUAGCAGCAAAACUUGCUGAAUAUUUGGUGCAUCCAACUUUACAACAGCUGCAGUAUAUGUUCUAUGUUAGCAAGAUCACCGGAAACGUUGAGAUCAAAAAAAGGAAGCUAAUACUAAAGCAGGGAAAGGUGCAAGAAUGUGUUCAAGAGGCCAUCAAUAGGACUGAGAGGAUUGAUGGUGAGGUUACCAAGUGGAAGAAUGACGUGAAUAGCCUUAUAGCAGAGGUGGAGAAACUGGAGGAAGAACUAAGGGCCAACAAUGGUUGCCUUCAAGGGUGGUGUCCUACUUGGAGGAGAUAUUGUCUCUGCAAAAUGUUGGCUAAGACAACUCAGAGGAUGAUUGAUCUAGAUAUAAAGAGUGAUCACUUCAAUCCAUUUUCCCAUCCUGUUACUAUUUCUGAUAUUGACUAUCACUCUUCUCAAAAUUUUAAGCUCUUCAAUUCUACGCAAAAGGCUUUUGAUCAAUUGUGGGAGGCACUGCAAGAUGAUGGUAACUCCAUGAUUGGGUUAUGGGGGAUGGGAGGGUCAGGGAAAACCACCUUGGUGAAAGAAGUGGGAAAGAAAGCCAAAAAGUCACAGCUAUUUGAUCGAGUUGUGCUCACGACAUUUUCUCAAAGCCUAGACAUAAGAAAAAUUCAAGGUGAAAUUGCUGACACGUUGGGGCUUGAAUUGAAGGAAGAAACCGAAAUAGGCAGAGCGAAAAGAAUAGCUCUACGAUUACAAAGUGGAGAACGAAUUUUGAUAAUACUAGAUGACAUAUGGGCUAUGCUGAACCUUGAGGACAUAGGGAUUCCCAUUGAAAGAAAUCAUCAAAGAAGUUGCAAGGUUAUCUUGACCACGCGUCGUCUAGAUGUGUGUACCUUGAUGGAAUGCCAAAACAAGAUUCAACUUCAUUUGUUAAAAGAAGAUGAAGCAUGGACUUUGUUUCAAACUCAUGCCAAUGUUGAUGAAGCUGCUAAGGAAUGUGUGGCACGAGCAAUUGCUAGGGAAUGUAAAGGCCUACCUAUUGCAAUUGUAGCUGUAGGAAGUUGCUUGAAAGGCAAAGGAAUUGAUGAGAUGAAUAUAGUGUUGUGUAGGUUGAGAAAUGCAAAGCCAAACAAUAUAGAUAAAGGUGUGAGGGAUGCUUUUGCUUGUCUUGAAUUAAGCUAUGAUUUUUUGGCAACUCUAGAAGCCCAGCGGUUAUUGCUAAUAUGUGCUAUGUUUCCUGAAGACCAUGACAUUGUUGUUGAAGACCUUUUUAGAUAUGGAGUGGGAUUAGGCCUAUGCAAAGAUGCAGACUCAUUUCAAACAGGGAGGAGCCAAGUUAGAGCAGCUAUAAAUGAUCUCAUUGACUCCUCAUUGUUGAUGCAUUCUUCUCUAAAGUUCAACGUGCAUGCACCAACACAUGUGAAAUUACAUGAUAUGGUUCGUGAUGUUGCAUUGUGGAUAGCAUCUAAAAAAGAUGGUAAUAUUAUGCAUCUUGCACAAAGAGCAACCAAGAUUGUAUUUUAUGAGCUUGAAGGAGGUAGCAAAAGUUUCAUCCCUGAUAUUGUCCAAGCUGUAGGAGGCAUGAAGGAGUUGAGUAGACUCUGUCUUCAAAGAUGUUCAAAGAUUGAAUGCAUUAUUGACGAAACUACUCUUCACGAAGAUGCAGUUGUCCUCAAAUUGAAUGAGUUAGUGCUAAGAGAUAUGGAUAAUCUUGAACGACUAUGUCGUGCUCCUUCUCCUUUUAGCUUGUUCGAAAAGUUGGAAAGAUUAACCAUAUUCAACUGUCCUCAGUUGCUCCACAUAUUCCCUGUCGACUGCAGCUUAGGCAAUCUUAAGGUUCUCAAUGUUAACAAGUGUCCAAUGUUAACAUCUCUCUUUCCUGUCUCUGCUGUUUGCACACUGCUAUCCUUAGAAGAGCUCCGAAUAAAAUGUUGCAAUGAAUUGAAGCACUUAUUAGAUGAAGAUGGUGGUGUUGAUGCAUGGCUCAGAGAUUUGUACAAUUGCAAGAUCUAUCGGUAA